GGGACCUCGACCUUGAAUCCAUCAUUUCCGUUCGAUAAUAUACGUGUCCUCUUCUCUAUCAACCAGUCCUUCAACUCUUCUUCCUCUUGAUGUGUUGAGUCUGCUGGAACAAUUGAGGAAGGAUAAUAAAAAUGUGAUCAAUGUGGAAUUGAAGAGGGGGAAAUCGACAGUUCUCCCACUCCUUAACAGCAAUACGAUGGCUUUGCGCUAUUUUACAACCGGCAAUAGAAUUUUUGUAUCAGUUCAACUGUCGACAUCGAGACGAUCACGUCAUUUGGCUAAUUUUAUUAAUUACUGGCGUAAUUACAGCACCAAAAAUAAUUCAACAAUGAAUAAAAUGGAGCACGUCAAGUUCGCGUGGAAGAAUGCUGAUGUUGUGACAUUUGACGUUGACUCGACUGUCAUUCAGGAAGAGGGCAUUGAUGAACUCGCUAAUUUUUGUGGAAAGGGCAAAGAAGUCAGUGAAUUAACUAAAAGAGCAAUGCAAGGAAAUGUGACGUUUCAACAAUCAUUAACCGUGAGAUUAAACAUAAUUAAACCGAGUCUGGAGCAGAUCAAGGAGUUCAUCAAGAUCUACCCACCUACACUGACACCAGGAAUCAAAGAGCUCAUAGAUGCGCUUCAUGCAAGAAAUAAAGAAGUUUACCUAGUUUCCGGUGGCUUUCGCUGCCUUAUAUCACCGGUUGCCAGACGAUUAAAUAUAUCCCAGGAUCACAUAUACGCAAAUAGACUUAAAUUCUAUUUUAAUGGUGAUUACGCAGGAUUUGAUGAGAACGAACCAACAUCGCGGAGUGGUGGAAAAGCUCAGGUAAUCAAACGAUUACAAGAGAAACAUGGAUUCAAUACAAUCGUUCACGUUGGUGAUGGAGCCACAGAUAUGGAGGCAUCUCCACCAGCCACAGCUUUUAUCGGAUUCGGUGGUAACGUUGUCAGAGAAAGUGUGAAGAAUAAUUCUCUGUGGUUCAUCGAGGACUUCCAGGAGUUGAUAGACGCUUUGGAUUAACCCAUACUUCUUCGAGAUCCAUCAGAAUCUCGAGAAGUCUCUCAUUUAAGUAUUAAAAACAAAUUGAAUUUGUACUCAAAAACUACAAGAUAUUAGUUUUAUCAACGUUUAGAGAUUUGUUUAUCGAUCACGAUGACGAUAUUAUUAGGAAUGUAACAAGUCUUGCGGUCUGGGUAUUUGAGUUAUGUCCCGAAUGCAUUCGAUCAUGUGUGAGGAGAAUAUUUUUUCAAUAAGAUUUAAUCAAAAUUUCAAGAUGAUUAUAAUCGACCGUUCGGAAGCAUAUUAUGAAUUUAUUAACAAAAAUAUUUAUACAUCAUGUAAUGAAAUAGGAAUUCCCCACUUGUUUAUCAUGCACUAGAUUGCAAAGCUCAUUAUAGCCUAAAUAAUUAAUCUUAUCACUUGCGAAGACCAAGAGGUGACGCAACAUAUCAAAAAUUAUUAUUGAAUAUUUCAAUUAUAUAUCUACGACAAUAAACAAUAUAUAUUUUUAUAAUGGAUCAAUUUAGGUAGAAAAUGAAUAGGAAAACUCGGUUAUUUCCUUUCGGCGAAUUAUUUUCUUUACUUAAAAAGAUUUUCAACACAAUUUUAUGAUACACAAAUGUUGCUUAAUUAAUCUUAAUAUUCCACAAUUAUAAGUUCGUGAAGCAAAACGAUUUGAAACCAAUUUAUACUGUACAUAUAGAUAUUAGAUCAUCGUAUAAUAAAUUUACAGAAAGUUGUUUAUUUCGAUUUUUCAUUGAAUUGAAUGCCAAUCCAUUGUCAAGAGAAUCUAAAUGUGUAAAUGAACGUCUGUAAUUUUUUCAAAAGCGAGAACACCCUUCUUUCCAACUGAAUUAUACAGGACUUUAUUUUUAUAUUUGUCAAAUAAAAUAAACGCUCAAUAAAACCAUACACCAUUAGCAA